AUGACGUCAAUAGGCACCGGCUACGAUCUCUCCAACUCCGUCUUCUCACCCGAUGGCCGAAACUUCCAAGUCGAAUACGCCUCGAAAGCAGUAGAAAGCGGAGGCACAGCAAUCGGCAUCCGAUGUAAAGACGGCGUAGUCCUCGCGCUCGAAAAGCUCGUGACGAGCAAGCUGCUCAAGCCGGGCGCGAACAAGCGGAUAUCGACCGUGGACCGCAACAUGGGCGUUGUCUCCUCGGGAUUAACACCCGACGGCCGCCACUUCGUCUCACGCGCCCGCGACGAGGCAGCCCAGUGGCGCAGCCUCUACAAAGCGCCCAUCCCGACCGCCGCGCUCGCCAACCGCAUGGGCAGCUACGUGCAGGCUUACACUCUCUACUCCAGCGUACGGCCGUUUGGCGUGACGGCCAUUAUCGGCGGCUGGGACUCUGAGGUCGAGGUGCCGGUGGACGGUCAAGUCGGCGCGGGGCCGGCAGUGGGUGCGGGGGGCAAGGAGGAGGGCGAGAAGCAUGGGGGGCCAUAUCUUUACAUGAUUGAACCGAGUGGGCUAUACUGGGGCUACUACGGCGCGGCGACGGGCAAGGGCCGGCAAGCUGCAAAGUCGGAGCUGGAGAAGCUGGAUCUUGCGGCCGGUAACCUAACGCUGGAGGAGGGCGUCAAGGAAGCGGCACGCAUCAUCUACGUUGCGCACGAAGACAGCAAGGACAAGGAGUUUGAGCUGGAGAUGACGUGGGUGAGUUCGCUGAGCGGGCCCACGAAGGGAAGGCAUGAGGAGGUGCCGAAGAAGUUGAGAGAGGAGGCGGAAAGGCUGGCGAAGAAGUCCUUGGAGGGUGAUGACGAUGAGGAUGACAAGCCGGAGGCCGAGAAGAUGGAAGAGUAG